UCUCCCUCACUCAGACUUGCUCUUCGCUAAUGGGAGGAGCGCAAAAUUCCUCUCUUUAUAAGAAGUGCCGAACUUACAAUAAGGGAUUUUACAGAGCUACUCAGGAGAAACGAAAUGAUCUGCCCUGGAGCCGCAGCAAAAUGCUGGAUGGACACCUACUCCUGGGAUGGUUAUCGUUCACAGUUAUAGUGUACCUUUUCAACUUGCCCGGACCGACCACAGCGUAUUUCGGAUUGACAGGUAAUGAACCCCUGUCCAUCCUACCGCUGAGCUCCCAGCCUGAGGAGAGUGUGGGCAGGGCCCAUUAUAAGCUGUGUGACCGUCUCAAAUUGGAGAAAAAGCAGCGGCGGAUGUGCAGACGAGACCCGGGUGUUGCCGAGACCCUUAUGGAGGCCAUAAGCAUGAGUACACAGGAGUGCCAAUACCAGUUCCGUUUUGAGAGGUGGAACUGCACCCUAGAGGGACGCUACAGAGCCAACAUUUUAAAGAGAGGUUUUAAGGAAACCGCCUUCCUGUAUGCUGUCUCUUCAGCAGGCCUAACUCACGCCAUGGCCAAGGCAUGCAGCGCUGGGCGGAUGGAGCGUUGCACCUGCGAUGAAGCCCCAGACCUGGAGAACCGCAAGGCCUGGCAGUGGGGCGGCUGUGGAGACAACCUCAAAUACAGCAACAAGUUUGUUAAGGACUUCCUUGGAAAACGUUCCAACAAGGACCUGCGUGCCCGCGUGGACAUGCACAACACUAAUGUGGGAAUGAAGGUGAUCAAAGCUGGGGUGGAGACUACCUGCAAAUGCCAUGGCGUCUCAGGCUCCUGUACUGUCCAGACAUGUUGGAGGCAACUCUCACCGUUCCAUGAGAUCGGCAAACAGCUGAAACAACGCUAUGAGACAUCUCUGAAAGUGGGCAGCUCCACCAACGAGGCCACAGGCGAGGGGGAGAUCUCCCAGUCUCGGCCCCAGCAGCCUCCUCCGGGCCCCAGCAACGACCCUAUCCCACGGACCAUGGACCUGCUCCACAUUGACGACUCGCCUAGCUUCUGCGUGCCAAGCAAGUUCUCGCCAGGCACCUCAGCCAGGAAGUGCUACAAGGACAAGAACUGCAACGUCAUCUGCUGCGACAGAGGCCAUAACACCCAGAGCCGUGUGGUGACCCGGCCAUGCCAGUGUCAGGUGCGCUGGUGCUGCUACGUUGAAUGCAAGCAGUGCACACAGAAAGAGGAGGUCUACACCUGUAAAGGAUAGCCCAGAACUAGCAUUCUGCUCGCCCCUUACCUCUGACCCCAGGCUCAGCAAGUGGACAAUAGUGGUUACUGAGGGUGGGUGGGUGUUGGGGGGGUCAUUGGAGAUGGAGGACCUUUUAGAAGCACUUUUGAGGGAUUUUUUUGUUUUUUUUUGUUCUUUGGGUUGGGUUGUAAUGUCCUGUGUUCCUACCCAAUGAGGUUCGGGGUUGCAGGAGGAGAAUGGACCUCGUCUGACAACAAGGCUAACUUGGGUCUCAUGCAUCUGGUUGCAGAAUUGGAGCCUCGACGAAAGGCUACCUCGUCUAUUCAACAUCCCAUCAGAUCUGUCAGUGAGAAAACGCAGCGCUUGGCAGCUGUGUCCGGCUAGCAUGCUGUUAAUGAGGAUCCAACACAAAGACUGUAAUACUAAAUGACUAGCUUUUGGGAUCUGCCCAAAGUAGAAAUGUGUGUGUGUGUGUGUGUGUGUGUGUGUGUGUGUGUAUGUUGGCAGCGAAUGAGGGUGCAGUGGGCUCAAAAGACAACUCAUAUGGCAAUCAUGGCAACCAUAUUCAGAAACUGUUAAGACAGGGUGUAAGAUGUAUUCUACACGCACAUAUUUAUACUCACACACCAUUGCGUAUGCAUAUGUAUGUAAAUAAAUUACGUUGUAUUAUAAUGAUUUUAUAUACACUUGCCACUUAUCUAUGUUAAAACAAACCACUAACUACACAAAUAUUUAGUUAUUUGUGUGUUCUCGCUCUUUUUUUAUUUCCUUUUUAUUGUUUUGACAAGGCCCUUUGGAAAGCAGCACAUUUGUGUCGUUUGGCUUUCUGUCUUUCUAAUAUAUGGACCCUUUGGGAUGUUCAUUUGUCUUUGAUUCUAUUACACUACAGUGAAAUUGUUGGUGAAUACAUGUACUGACAUUUAAAAAAAUUGGCAAUCAUUUGGGCUACUCCUGGCCUUGAGCGAACUCAACUAAUGUUCAGGGAAUAACUAAAACCACUAUACUUAUUUGGACUUAUACUGUAGUCAAAAACAGAAAAAGAGAAAUCAGGAUAUCUAUAUGUAACUGGAAGUUGAAUAUGAGAAUGGCCUUGCUUUUAGUGUCUAUUGCUGCAUGACAACAGGAGAACACUUGACCAGUGAAGCAUGCAUAUUACAAUCAACUGACUAGUGCUUUAACUAAUGACAAUUCAAAUGUCAAUGUUCUUCUUGGUACUUAACCCUCUACUGAAAAAGAAAAGCAAGUCUUGUUAGUAAUACCACUAUAAAACAUGUUUAAUCAAAAAAGAUGCAAGCCCUACACCUACCUUCUCAUAUCCUUACUUCUCUCUACACCCACCACUCAGUUGAAAAGUAUUACUGGUAAAUUUUUGAAAAUGAAAAGUGCAGUGGAAAGAAAAAAAAAUCCAGUUUGAACACUCCCAACUUUCAACCCUUUUGGAAACCUUUCUUCUAAGACUGUAGGUGUAGCCUAUGCAUUGUAUAACCAUUGUUCUGGGCAUAGCUACCAGAACUAUGUGACUGCAAAGGUACAAUCUCCUUUUGUAUUGUUUUGACAGUAAAGUCAUGUUACUUUUAUAUUGUGCAUGACUUUAAUUUAAUAUUGGAUGUUUAAUGCUUCAAAUGACUGGUGGCAAAGUCAGAGCCAAACCUCUUAAACACCUUACAGUAACUCUUUAAUAAAUGCAGUCAUAUUUAGAUUUUGUUUAGAUAUACAGCCUUUACCAUGCUUUAGGUAGGUGAGAAUUAACUACUGAAUGAGGAACCCAACAUUGUAAGAUAGCCCCAUUCACGCACUGAAGCCCCAGAAGCCCUUUAUGAUUUCCUUUUAAAGUAGCCUAUUUAAAUACCCUGUAUUUAUGAAUAUAUACAGUCCAGAUUUUUUUCUUUGUUGUAAAUAACAAUGGUUUAUUCUCCUGUGGUAUAAAGACAAGAGUGAGGCACAUGGUAAAAUCUCACAGGCAUUUUUGGAGGAAGUUGGCAGCAAUAAGGAUGUUUGGACUAAGGACUAUAUGCUGGGAAGACCAGAGUAAAAUACAAGUGGAUGCAUACAGCUACAACUAAACCAUGCAUAUGGAGUACUUCGCUGCUGUAAACUUCUGUGAUCAUCAGUGAUCAUCAGUAAGUAAAAAAACAAGUAGAUAGCAUGCCAAUGUCCUUUAAAAUAGCUUUGACCACAGCUAUGUCAGAUAGAAAGCUUUGCCCACAGUUUUAAACCGGUGAUGUUCACAUAAUCUACAGUGUAUCUGAUUCAACCCACCAUGAUUGAUCCAGGAAAAGUAGCAUGUUCUCAGAAGGGAGUAGCCUAGCGAAUGUUGGUUGGUUCAUCCUCUAGAGUUGAAUUCCAAACAUUUUGAAAACGAGGUGGCAUGCCAAAUAAAGAAUGGUCAAAACAUAUACAUAGAAUAUUGCACGCUACAUGGAAACCAUAAUGGCUAUGCUGAGAGCCUGAGCAUAAAUGCCUGCUUCCCACAGCUUCCUACACUCACUCCUCUGCCCAAGACUGUGGUUCUCUACAGUGGUAAUUUAUUGAACUGAUACAAAUGGUCAACAGAGUCCUGACAAAAGGAAUGCAGUGUGCACAUUGCAUGUAUUUUGUAUGUUUCUCAUUGUACAUAUACACACUUCUACUUUUUUCAAGACAUAGGACAGCAUGAUAGUUGUUUUUCAAUGUCUUAGUCUUCCAUAUUCUAUUUUUGAACUCAUAACUCUGCACUGUGUAGCUGUCAGUGGAUCAUGUAUAAACAUCUAUUUUGUAGGAAAAAAAUAAAAAUAAAGGAAAGAUAAAUUAUUUAAAGAUAUUUUAUGAGCAUGUGUUUAAUGUAAAUAACGUAAAGUCAAGACUGAUUUUAUAUACCUGUAUUUUUUACUCCAUUUUUAUUUCUUUAGGGUAGAAUGGGGAUUUUGCUUCUUUGGGGUGGAGGCUUCAAGAAGCAGUGUACACUAUAAAGUCAGCAUAAAUGUUUUUAUAUACAUUUGCAAUUCCUAAGCACAAAAAGAAAACCCUGACAAAUGUCAUAACUCAUCCCUUUUUUUCCCUUUUUAACAUGUUAUAUACAACACAUUUAGCUACUAAACAUCUGCAAAUCUAACAAUUACAUUAAAAACAAUUACAUUAAAUUGAUCAUAAUCAGCUGUUUUAUGUAAUUGACAUGAGCACAGUUCUAUCCAAGUAUUUCUGUAGCAUCCACAUUUAUAUAUGAGUUACCCAGUAACAUAGUGGUCUAUGCAGAUGAUAAGGAUUCAUUUACAAUUUGGUAUACUCUGAGGGUCUGGGAAAAUGUCACAACUAAUAAUAUUUAGAGGGUCACAUUCACUGUGUGCAUUUGUGUCAGGAUUUCUGCUGUGCUUGCUAUUAAACAAAACAAAAAUGUAUUGCCCUUUGAGAUAAUACUAUCCCAACAAAGUUUUGUCCAUGUCCACUCAUUAAUGUCUUAUGGGAACCUAAAUUAUUUUCCUCUACCUCAUGUGUAUAGCUUGUAGGUAUAAACAGAUCACAAAUGACUGGUAAGAAUGUAUUUAAGUUAUUUAACAUCUUUGUAUAACAAAGGCAAGAAAAUCUGAAAUAAUAAAUGACUUUUUUAAAUGAU